AAGCUGCUGCUCGUCUCGCUUCUCGAUAACUUUUGUCUUCUUUACGACCAGAGCCCGGAAAGGAACCGAAAGCUCUUUUAUGUUAUCUGCAAGACGCUGAGCAACAUGGGCAUCAUUGACGAAGAGUACCUUGAGGAGAUGAGUACCGUACGAUCAUCAUACCAACGAGCCUUCCGAUCCUUGAGUUAUUCAGACUCGUUCUCAUCCAAAGGCAUUAUUCCCUCUGCAACUAUGUCCUUCGGCGACAUGUUUGACAAUGAUCCCACGCGCUACAAGCACGACUUUGUGGAGAUUUGCAAGCUUGGAAAGGGCGGAUUCGCAAGUGUUUUCAAGGCAAGGAACAAACUGGACGGGAUCGAGUAUGCGAUCAAGAAGAUUCGACUGCGUGGGAGCGCCAAAAUGCGAUACGAGAAGAUUUUUCGUGAGAUUAAGUUCCUGGCGCGUCUCGACCACAAGAACGUGAUUCGCUACUAUUCGUCAUGGCUCGAACAUGCCGAUUAUCCGCUCCCGCAGCGCAAAAUGUACGACGGCGGUGAACUGGACACCAAUGGAGAAUUCGACGACGAGUACGAUGAUGAGCAGCUGAUAGCGCGCGACUUGACGCUGUUUAUUCAGAUGCAACUGUGUCAGACUACCCUGCAGGACUAUCUUGUCUAUCGUAACGAGCGUUCGCAGACGUACCAUGAGGAUCUUGUCGACCCAGCCGCAAACCAGCAUAUCUUCAGGGCUAUUGUCGAGGGUGUUGCAUAUAUCCAUGACCAGGACAUGAUUCACAGAGAUCUGAAGCCGAGUAAUAUCUUUUUGGGGAUGCCAGCUACCCUGGAACAUCAACGGGCGCAACAGCUACGACAGGAUCAGUGCGGGCAGGACUCGCUCUCUUUGGGAUCUAAUGGGUCUAAUCACAUGGGUACUUUGGCGAUGCUGUCCGGCAACGAGAGCCAGCAUGAUUUCCCAGCGGCAUUGCUUUCGAACGACCCUAGCCAGCCUCCAUUGACGAAGGAACAGAAUCAGGAGGAACUCUUUAUGAACAUCGAAUCGAUGAUUCCGAAGAUCGUGACAUCGGGGUCGGGGUCUUCACGGACAAGAACUACUGCGGUUGGGACUGUUACUUACGCCUCGCCGGAGCAGCUUGCAAGGCCUAAUCUUGGCUAUGACCAAAAGGCGGAUAUCUACUCGCUCGGCAUCAUCUUUUUCGAGCUCUACCAUCCCUUUUCGACCUUGAUGGAGCGCCAUGCAGUACUGAGGACGCUUCGGACUGGAGAGUUGCCUCCGGAGUUCGUGAGUCGGUGGCCAAAAGAAGCCGCCUUCGUGCUAUGGCUGAUGGCGGAAGAUCCGCAGUUGCGACCGACAGCGCGCGAGAUC